AAUAAUUUUUGGGAUGUAGAAAGAUCCGUUAAGGUAAAUAAUAUAGAUGAGAUUGAAUCACAAUUUUUGAAUAUCACAUCCAUAAUUUAUAAUUAUAUUUCUCAAACGUGUACGUAUAUAAAGAUUUGAAUUGAAAAUUAAGUUACUACAGAGUACAAGAGUUGAUGAGGCAAAGGUACUAAAAAUGAGAAAUACAAGAAUUUAAGAAUGACACCGACAAAUGAAAAUUAGGAAAAUAAAGAAAGAAAGAAGAAUACACAAAACACUGUUGGGACUAGCAUGAAAAAAAAAAGAGAGUAAAGUGUAGGUGUUGUUUCUACGUUUAAAGUCCGCUCCACGUGGUUGCUGACUGUCCCUCUUUCUCCACCCCAAUCCCAUUUCCCCCCACUAUAUAUACUUCUCCUACCCACCUCUUUUAUUUAGCGUCCUUAACUGUCACAGAACUCGGGCUUAUACCCAUCUCCAUUCUUUCAACCAUAUUCAAUUCAAUCAAUUAUUUGUUACUGUUCCAGGAAAUAUACUGUAGAAAUUCAAGCUUGGAUUGGAACAUAAGAAACAACUGUCGGAUGGGCAUAUCAUUUUCGCUUUCAUGUCCGUUUGCCACUUCCGACGAUAUCGAAAGCAUCAUUGUCAAAUCUGUCAGUUUGGGUGAUGAUCAAGUCAAGACCCCUGAAAGGUCUAUUAGUUUCAAAGGUGGAGAUGAUUCCGAACCUUUGCUUCUUAAGAAAUCAUUGGGUUCUGGAAAAAUGAUUAUUGAAGGUUCUUUUAGCUUCAAACAAAGAGAAUCUGAUACAUUGAUCUCAGUUAUUCCUAAUUCUCCGGGUUUGGAUACCCAGCUGCUGAAAUCGAAUAGUGUCCAUGAUGUGUAUCCACAAUCGCAUUCUGGUAGUCCCAAAGACGAGGCUGCUGUCAAGUUGCAGAAAGUCUAUAAAAGCUUUCGCACCAGGAGGAAGCUAGCAGAUUGUGCUGUCCUUGUGGAGCAAAGCUGGUGGAAGCUGUUAGAUUUUGCAGAGCUCAAGCGUAGUUCUAUAUCCUUUUUCGAUGUUGAACACCAUGAGACUGCCAUUUCGCGUUGGUCUAGAGCAAAAACUAGAGCUGCCAAGGUUGGUAAGGGUUUGUUAAAAAAUAGCAAAGCUCAAAAACUAGCUUUGCAGCAUUGGUUAGAAGCGAUUGACCCUCGACAUCGUUAUGGACAUAAUCUGCAUUUCUAUUAUACCAAAUGGCUUGAAUCUCAGAGCAGAGAACCCUUCUUUUAUUGGCUUGAUAUUGGGGAAGGGAAAGAGGUUAGUACAGAGAGAUGCUCAAGAAUAAAACUUCAACAGCAGUGCAUCAAAUAUCUUGGCCCGAUGGAAAGAAAGGCCUAUGAAGUUAUCAUUGAGAACGGGAAAUUCGUCCACAAAGAAAGUGGGGAACUUCUUGACACCUCAUCUGAUCCCAAUGCCAAAUGGAUAUUUGUGCUGAGUACAUCCAAGAACUUGUAUGUUGGAAAGAAGAAGAAAGGCACAUUUCAGCACUCUAGCUUCCUCGCUGGAGGUGCUACAUUGGCUGCUGGGAGAUUAGUCUUGGAGAAUGGCAUGUUAAAGGCAGUAUGGCCUCACAGCGGUCACUAUAGGCCGACUCCAGAAAACUUUCAAGAAUUUCUAUCCUUCCUUAGUGAAUAUGAUGUUGAUCUUACAGAUGUUAAGUUUGAUCCAGUAGAUGAGGAUGAGCAAAAACUAGUGAAGCAAAGAAGCAGUCUCCACUGGAGAAACAACUCUGAAGAAGAACUGGUUGCAGAAAAUACAGUUGAAAUGAACAAUGUCAAUCUGGAUGGCAGUAAUGCAGCAAAACCUGAUGUAUUAGAACAGGAGACUGCAGUUGCAAUUGAUCAUCCCAGACGAAAUCAUUCUGUUCGCUUCAAUAAAAAAUUAAUCAAUCUUGAAAUACCUAGAAGAGAUGAAUUGCUUCUAACCAUGCAGAGUGAACAUCUGGCCACAAAACCUAGUGUACAUAAUCAAAUUGGGGACAAUGGUUAUGAUUCAGCUACGGAAGAAGGAUCAGCCUCUGACCAGGAUGACCAGGUGGAAUCACAAGGCAUUUUGGUUGAAGAAAAAGAGGAGGAAGAAGAAGUUAUCCCAGCAGAAUCAAUCCUGCAGAGAAUUAAUUCUCAUAAAGGAAUGAAGUCAUAUCAGCUCGGGAAGCAACUGUCUUGUAGAUGGACGACAGGAGCAGGGCCUCGGAUUGGGUGUGUGAGGGAUUACCCAUCAGGCCUUCAGUUCCGAGCUCUAGAGCAAGUGAAUUUGUCUCCAAGGAGUGCUUGUGCACUGACAAAAUCAUUGUUUUCUCCUGGUUGUGGAACCGGGUCAUUUCCAAAGUCAUCAACACCGAUACCCAUAGUAUCAAGAAGAGGUCUUGGGCACUGCCAAAUGCAGUUGUCACCCCUGUGCAAAGGAGGAAAACGUACAUUGUAGCUGUUACUAGCAAAUUAGGAGGUAGCACUGACCAACCAAUAUUCUUUGUUCUUUAUUCUUUCUGUACCUUGUGUACAGAAGAUAGUAGAUUGAUAACAUUAGGCAUUCUUUUCAUUUUUUACCUUGAGUCUAUACACAUUAUAGUUCAUCCUAUGAACCCAAUGACAAGUUUUGUAGAAUUCAUUGGGUUGAUACUAUACUUAUACAGGUGGAGAAUGUAAAAAAUUGAAAAGAAUAUACAAAACAAAAGAUUAUUUUCUCAAUUAUCUUGGUUUUCUUGUGCUGGUAUCAAAAAAAUAAAAUAAAAUCUUUCAUUCAAAACGCCAUUCAAUUUCAGCUUCUGUUGCCUUGCCCUUUUGCCAAUUCCAUUGAGAAAAUCAGGGUUAUCAUGUAUUGAU